CUGUAAACCCAGGGCUGUGAACAGUAUUGAUCACUGGCUCUCAAUGAGAGGAUUAACAGGAACUCACACAAGGGCUUGGACGCUUACCGGUGCACAGUUGGAACUCGGUACUGCUGCAUAAUGGGUUACAGAGCGACAUCCAUGCAUUGUGUCUUAAGAUGCCUGUGCUUCAUGCUUCUCCAUUUGUUUAGUGCAGCUCAAGAUGAAGACAUAAGAAGUUGUAGGACCGCGCCAUGUGAUUUGGUCUUUAUUCUAGACGGUUCGUGGAGUGUUGAAGAUGUCAACUUUGAAAUAGUAAAGCGUUGGCUCGUCAACAUAACAACAAGCUUCAACAUUGGACAGAAGUUUACCCAGGUUGGAGUCGUCCAAUACAGCGAUGACCCCGUUUUAGAAAUUCCUCUGGGGAAGCAUUUCGCCACCAAAGACCUCAUCAAAGCAAUGGAGUCCAUUGAUUACAUGGGGGGAAACACAAGGACAGGGACAGCCAUUCAGUUUGCAACAGAUAAACUGUUUGGCCUGUCGGAGCGCGGCCCAUCAGGAAUUUCCAGAAUCGCUGUUGUCCUCACAGACGGCAAGUCUCAAGAUGAGGUUUUGAAAGCGGCAGAGGCAGCAAGGAAAAAAGGAGUAAUUCUGUUUGCAAUUGGUGUUGGGCCAGAGACAGAAGUGUCCCAGUUGCAAGCCAUUGCAAACAAGCCAUUUUCAACUUACGUCUUCUCUGUUGAGGACUACAAAGGUAUUUCCAGGAUCAUACAGAUCAUACGACAGAAACUGUGCGAAGAAACUGUUUGUCCAACAAGAAUUCCCAUAGAUUCCCGCGAUGAGAAGGGUUUUGAUAUUCUGUUACAUUUAAAUUUGGCGAAAAAAGCAAAGAAGGUACAAGGGACAUAUUACGGCACUAAGGCCUAUGAAGUGACGCCUCGUGUAGACUUGAGUGUAGCUACCCGGAACCUUUUUCCUGAUGGCUUGCCUCCAUCAUAUGUUUUUGUGGCCACACUGAGGUAUAAAGGAUCAGUGGGAAUAGAGGAGUGGGACGUGUGGAGAAUACAGACGCUUGAUGGGAAACCUCAGAUGGCGGUCACUCUUAAUGGAGUAGAGCGCACCGUCAAGUUCACCACAACCAGUGAGGCACCAAGUGGAACUCAAACAGUUACAUUUUCACAGCACACAGCAAGGCUGUUCGAUGAGAAAUGGCAUCAGCUGCGGCUGCUGGUCACCGAGGAAGAUGUUACCCUUUAUGUUGAUGACCUGGAGAUUGAAACCCGAUCCUUGGAGCCCCCUGUCGGUAUUUUUAUCAAUGGAAAAACCCAAGUUGGAAAAUAUGUCAGUAAAGAAACAACAGCGCCAUUUGAAAUCCAGAAACUUCGCAUUUACUGUGACCCUGAGCAGAGUACCCGUGAGACUGCGUGUGAAAUCCCUGGAGUUUGCUCCAACAGUCCUGAUUACGCCGAACCAACUCAAGAACCUUGUGUUUGUCCUCCUGGAGCCCCUGGACUUCCAGGAAUAAAGGGUGAUCAAGGAAACACUGGCAAAGCUGGUCAGCCUGGACCUACUGGUGCUGAUGGUAAGCCUGGUAUCCCUGGCAUUAGAGGAAGUCCAGGGCUGCAAGGUCCACCAGGAGUAGAGGGUCCACGUGGGUCAAAUGGGUACAAAGGCGAGCAAGGGAGGCCUGGUGUUUUGGGUGAGAGAGGUGUGCCAGGAUUACCAGGAUCACCUGGAAAAACAGGAGAGAAGGGCUCAAUAGGAUCCACAGGCAUUGCAGGGUUACCGGGGAAAGCUGGUCAAGUGGGAGAAAAGGGAAGUUUGGGACCUACUGGGCCACCCGGUUUUCCAGGAGACCCAGGCCUACCUGGGAGAAAUGGAGCGGUUGGAUUUCCUGGUAGACCUGGUCAAAAGGGAGAAGCUGGAGCCAGUGGUCUUCCUGGUGUUGAUGGGAGGCAAGGCCAUCCUGGUAUGCCUGGAUUGCCAGGAAUUGCAGGCGAGAAUGGACAAAAGGGGGAAGCUGGUUUGCCUGGAUCCAGAGGCUUCACAGGAUCGACCGGACCACCUGGUGAAAUGGGCUUACCUGGUGCACCUGGUUUAAAAGGAUCCUUUGGACAAAAGGGGAAUAAGGGAGAAGGUGGAAGUCCAGGUAUACAAGGAAUACAAGGGCCUGCGGGGAGUGCAGGAGAAGAAGGCAGAGCAGGUCAGCCGGGGCACCCAGGCAUGCCAGGCCUGAAGGGCAGCAAGGGACAAAGAGGAAAUACAGGUGAAAGAGGAGGAACGGGAAUGACAGGUGAAAAAGGAGAGCAUGGUCGGAAAGGGGAACACGGCUCCACUGGUCCAAUGGGACUAAAAGGAGAGAAAGGGACAGGAGGGGAUUCAGGGCCGAGAGGUCAAGAAGGUCAAGUGGGUAGGCCCGGACAGUCGGGUCAGUCAGGCCUACCUGGCCCCCGAGGGCUGCAGGGGGAAGGUGGUCUACCUGGCACACCUGGCCCACCUGGACCUGAAGGAAGAUCUGCAAGUCAAAUGUCGGACGGUCACAUUCGGCAAAUCUGCAGAGAGAUGCUUCAGUCUGAGCUGCAUUUAUUGUUGCUGAGCAACCAGCAGAGUAGCUGUAAAAGGUGUCAAAGCCGGCCCGGAUCGCCUGGUCCUCCAGGUCCAACUGGGCUCCAGGGACUCAGGGGUACUCCUGGACUAAGUGGGUCUAUGGGACAGCCGGGCCACCCUGGUCGGCCGGGGCACCCUGGUAUUACUGGGCUGAAAGGAGAACCAGGUUUCUUGGGUGAGAAGGGGAGCCCUGGCCGGACCACCAUUGGAGACCAGGGGCCACCGGGGCCUCCAGGUCCAACCGGUCCCCAGGGGUACAGUAAACCAGGUCCUCCAGGUGAGCCUGGAUCCCCUGGUGUAAGCGGAGCAGAAGGUAAAAGUGGGAAUCCUGGCAUCCCUGGUCAGCCUGGGGUGUGUGAUCCAUCCAUGUGCUACGGUAGCAUGAUGAGGCGGGAUCCUUACAGCAAAGGGCCAAACUAUUGACGUAAUGCGGCGUCACUGCAGGCACCAGUCUAGAGCUGAUGUGGAACAAACAGCCAUUCUCAGGAAGAUCUCAUUUUUACAGUUUCGCUCUGUUGUGGAAACAAAACGGACCUCCUCUAUCACCAGUUAUGUGAUCUCAGACAGUCAACAGAACUAGAUCCUAUCACAUUUUCCUCUGCUGGUAUUUUGUAUCAUUAUUCACACGUCUUUGAACAUAUUUUCAUGUUCUUAUGGUGUUAAGAGAAUCAAUGAUACGCUCCAUUUAGUACCUCUCAUCUGAGCACCUCAUACUCAUGUACUUCAUGUGUCAUGAUCUCUCUCUGGGCAGUAUGGCUGGUGCCUUUUCCCAUAUUGCCCCCUGGUGUUGCUUCACUGCAUGUGCAUCUCUAAAUUUUCUCCACAUGGAUUGGUGCUUUAUCUUCUGUAAAAAAACAAAACACAUGCUCUAUGAUCUAUAAAUUCCAUGUUCAGUGAAUUGUUUCACCAUAAAUUAUGAGCGAAAUAAUCAUUUUUCAGCACAAGACUGUGAUUUCCUGUAGCUGAUUGUGACCUGCUGUAAGCCUGUGUUCCUUUAGCAUUCAGUUUGACUGUUAAGCUCUUUACUCUAAUGAAAACAUUUUAAAAAAAGAUAAUAUUGUGUCUCAACCAAGAUAGAUGAAUACUUUCCCCUCUAUCACAAUCAUUCAAUCACAUGCCAUUUUAUUCAAAGUAGGAAGCAAAAUGUUUAAAGUUUCAACGUCUAAGAACAUGCUCAGAUUUUACUUUGAAAUAUGUCAUUUAUGUUUCUAAGGCUUACCUUUCAUUACUGUAGCAAGUAUUUUAUUGUUAUUUAUAAAAGAGUCAUAACUGUGUAUUUCAGCCGGGACAUGUCUUACACAGCUUUUGUAAUUUUAUUAUUUUGUUAAAAGGUGACUUUCUCUUUUUUUACUAGAAUUAAAACAUCUUAAUGAUUUGUGAACUUAGUUUGGUCUGUACUUUGGGCUUUAACUUUUCAGGUUUAUUCCAGCUGUCCAUUACACCAUCAAUCGCAUUUUUCUCCUGGAUUAUUAUUAUUAUUUUU